GAGGGCGGCGUGGCCCGGCCUGGGAGUGACGAGGCCGCGCCUGCGCAGAGGCGGCAGCACGAGCGGGGUUGACUCCGGGGGCGCGGCGAGGAGAGACAUGAGGCUGAGCUGGGUCCUGACGGUACUGUCCAUCUGCCUGAGCGCCCUGGCCACGGCCACGGGGGCCGAGGGCAAGCGGAAGCUGCAGAUCGGGGUCAAGAAGCGGGUGGACCACUGUCCCAUCAGAUCGCGCAAAGGAGACGUGCUGCACAUGCACUACACGGGGAAGCUGGAGGAUGGGACGGAGUUUGACAGCAGCCUGCCCCAGAAGCAGCCCUUCGUCUUCUCCCUGGGCACUGGCCAGGUCAUCAAAGGCUGGGACCAGGGGCUGCUGGGGAUGUGUGAGGGAGAAAAGCGGAAGCUGGUGAUCCCGUCUGAGCUGGGGUAUGGCGAGCGGGGCGCUCCUCCCAAGAUCCCAGGUGGUGCAACCCUGGUGUUCGAGGUGGAGCUGCUCAAGAUCGAGCGCCGGGCGGAGCUGUAGCCGGGCCGGGCGGGGGCGGGGAGGAGCCCCCCUCAGGGACCAGACUGUUCAGAAAAAGAGAAACACCUUCAGAGCCUCA